AUGGUUCUCAAAGUCCAGAAGGAACAGGUCCGCACUGUAUCCCAGAAUUUCGGACCCCAAAAGGCAAAAGACGCUCCCUCACAUCCCCAGUCCCAAACCCCCAAGUCCCCUGGGGAGAAGACCCGGUAUGACACGUCACUUGGCCUGUUAACUAAAAAGUUCAUUCACCUGCUCAACGAGUCAGAGGAUGGAGUGCUGGACUUGAACCGGACUGCUGAGGUGCUGGAUGUCCAGAAGCGCCGGAUCUACGAUAUCACCAAUGUAUUGGAGGGGAUCCAGCUCAUUCGCAAGAAGUCCAAGAACAACAUUCAGUGGAUGGGAACAGGGCUAUUUGAGGACUCCACUGUGACAACAAAGCAGCAGUCGCUGCGGCAAGAGCUAACAAACAUCUCCAAGAUAGAGAGAAUGCUGGACAAGCUCAUUCAUGAGUGCACACUUCAGUUAAAGCAUCUGACAGAUGAUGAAACUAAUCAGAGAUUAGCAUAUGUCACAUAUCAGGAUAUCCGUGCCAUCAGCAACUUCAAUGAGCAGACGGUGAUUGUGGUCAGGGCCCCACCAGAAACCCGGCUUGAGGUACCAGAUGCCUAUGAGGAGAAUGUCCAGCUUCACCUGAAAAGCGCCAAUGGUCCCAUCGAUGUGUACCUGUGCCCUGAAGAAAUUCUUGAGGAUAGCCCAGCCAAGAAGAGCAGCUUCUCAGCUCCAACACAUCAGGAGAGUAGCAACUUCCCAACAGUGAAAAGUAAAGCAGCUGAGUCAGUUAAGACAGAGCUGCCAAGUUCUCUUACGGAAGGCGAAGAUGGUCUCCUAGAGCUGCCUCAGAACCUCUUACAACAGACCGAGGACCAGCUCCCUUCUGCUUCCUAUAGUGAUGCAGCUCCCUUUGUUAGCUUCUCCCCUUCCCUUGACCAAGACUUCUUGUGGGGACUGGAGGAGGGUGAAGGUGUCAGUGACCUAUUUGAGGCCUAUGACUUAGGAGACCUGCUAAAGAAUUGAAGCCAGCAUUCCUCAGUACUUUCUAUGGUGCUAAUAUUUCCCCAUGCUCUACUCCAAAGCCUUGGGUUUUAGGCUGAAGUGUCUUCUUGUGUUUGGGCCUGGUGGAACGUUUGCAGUGGAAGGGCCCAUGAAUAAGCCGUUCCUGACUAGUGGACCAUCACACAUUCCAGGCUUUUCCAAAAUUGCCAAUGAGGGAGUAUCAAGUGUUGCUCUGGUGAUGUUUUUGUGGGCUCCUUCCUUCCAGGUCUCCUUGGGCAUGCUCUGCAGGUUUUGAGAGAUUGGAAUGAUGAUUACGUCUUCACCAACCUUCUCUCAGUGCACUCUGACAGAAGCCUCAGGGGCCUGUGACUUUUCUAAGAAGCCUGCAAGCCCUUUAUUCUUAUGUUCUUGUUCUCACCUGAGCAGAAAAGGGUAGGGAAGGCAAACAGUUGCCCUUCAGACAUUUUAUACUGCAAUACUCAUUAGCCCCAACCAAAAUGACAAUUUGUCAGGAAUGGUAGGAGUUGUCACCCUAAACAUUGGGAAGGCACAAAGUUGCCCCAGUCCAGAAUGCUGCCAGUGGUCUAUGUGAUUUGUGGGUACAGAAGAAAGAGUGGUCCACAAAAGAAGAUUGAAAUGGGUAAUUUCCCACUUUCACUUAUUGAGAAUAACAGUCUCAGUCUCUGAUAUGAAAUAUCUUCUUAACAAAGGACAUGUUUCUCCAGGACUUGGAAAUGUUGCGUGGGCUGCAACUCCCAAAAUCUCAUAGUCAGAAUGGCUGCUGGCCUUCCUGGCUAGGGGAUUCUAGGAGUUGUAGUCCCACAAAGCAACAGUUCCCAGUUCUCAUCAUGUUGUUGGGGUCAUUUCCAAAUACUUGUGGCAUGGAAUAAUAUGUCUCUUGCUACAGUUUACUUUGGCAGGUGUCACUGCUGAAAUGAGUCGGCUUUCCAUGGCUUCUAACAUCAAGCUCUUUUCCAGUUUUGUUAUCCUGCCUUCUGGACAUCUCAGCAUGCUCUUGAUUUUAUGCUUGCAAGAGCAUUUGUUUCUUGAUGCGGAUACAUCAUGUGGCACUUUAAUUCUCUUAUCAAGUCAAUUGAAGAGGUUUUCUUUGGGUCUCACAUGGUGUGUGGAACAAGAUACACAGUAAGCUGCUAAGAGCUAAGACCUUUACUUGGCUAUACACAUUUCUUACUCAGAUUUUUAUGAAGGGGCUAAAUUACAUUUCUGGAACUGGAUCCACACACACUCCAUUUGCCUUCUGCUUCUUCAAUGAAAUAUAUUCACAUUGGCUGCUUUCAUUAUAUUCUUAGGGCUAUUUCUGGUUGACCAGUUCUUUUCCUUGCAUCUAUAUAAAAUACAAAACAUUGUUUUUUUCCAUGGGAGUGUCAUUUCAAGUUAGGUUCUACCAAGGAAUAAUAACCCCUUAGCCUUACUGCUCUGAUGAACUGGAUCAGAGUUCAUCAGAGCAGUAUGAAGGAUUCAAGGAUUUAAAGGAGCGUUUUCUUUUAGGUUUGGAUUUCUUUAAAAGAGACUUUCUCAAACUGACAAUCCCCAGCCAACAUGACCAUUGGAUGACUACAUCUUUAUAGCACACUGGCUUGAAGGCAAGCCAAUGGCAUUUCAUUAUUUUACUUUUUUCUCAUUGGUUCCAGAAAUUUUUAGUUUGUUUCCCAAGACCUCCUCCCCAACCUUAUAUCUCAGAAAGGUGCUUGCUUUGUCAUCUUUGGAGAUGACAGACUUAUGACUGCUCCUCAUCUUAAUUUGGCUCAAUAAAUAAAGCCUUUUCCGUCCCCAUGACAUAUGAAAUAGGACAGGUGAGCGAUCAUAAACAGGGAAAUUGCUGUAGGAGCAUGUACAGUUUUGGAGUUGUGCAAAUUCUUGGUACAGUGGUACAGCAUAUUCUUGGUACAUGCUAUCGUACUUUCUCAGGGAUCAAAGAUUUCACUUUUGGUGCUACUACACAAAUACUAUGCUGCUUUGGGGGAUGUUGCUGCUGAAUGCACUUGUAAGUUUCCCCUACACUUGCACACACUUGGUGUAGUAUAUUUUGAUUUGAUUUAGCAUUGACAUCAGGGAUCUAAAUUUCAUCUAGAUUUUAGUAUAAAUUUUAGUAUAAAUAGCAUUGCUUGAGCUGGAAGUUUGACCCACCCUGUAUCCCAUCUUAUUUUUUCUGAAGUGUAGGAUUGUGAUUGUAGUAAUUCAUCCAGAGGUAUAUCAUUAUAUGUGUCUUUCAUUCUGAGGACAGUGCUCAGGGAUGAACUGGGAUGCUAAAUUUGGACUGAAUUCAAUAGGCCCUGUUGUUAUGUCAGUUUGCAUAAGGAUAGUCUUGCGCCUGGUGCUUGCCUGAUCCUAAAGGCACAAAUCAUGUACUGAUUUGAACAGAUGGUCCAUUUGUUCUGUCAUCCUCUCACCUAGCCCACAGCACUGAACUCUUGAAUAAAUUAAGCAUCCAUCCUAUUUAAAAUGUUAGUGGAUUUCACCUUUAGGUCUUAUCCCAAUGACAGAAGACAGCAUCUUCAGCAGCUGUUUUAGGCUGACUUCUUACUAAAAUAUAGUAAGUGUGUGUCUCGCCCUCAUCACUUCUGGCUGCAAGUGGAGCUAUUGCAUGAUAGAAUGUUUCCCUAUAUUAAAAUGAAAAUUAUUCGCAUAUAGAUAACUAGAUGUCAGGGGAAAGGGUCUGAACUUAGCCUUUUCUUCAGGCAUGCUAGUUUUCUCUGCAAAGAUUUGUUGAAGUGCUUAAAAGGUGAGUCCCAGGCAACUAUGCAAAACAGUACAGUCCAAGCAGAGGUUUGUGAUGUGAGAAACCUUCGGUUAGCCAGAUGUUUUAGCCUGAUGGCUAAUGGUAAAGAACUGGGAAUUACAGGCCAAAACACUUGGUGGUUCUUCCAGCCUAGGUUGACAGAAUUAGGAUUAGGCCUGUUGGUGUACCACUAAAUGAAAGCACUUAUCAGUCCUUAAGAGACUGAAAGAAGGGGAGAUUAGCUGGCAUGGUAAUCAUGUGCCUCAGUUUCUUCCUUGCUACUAAUAAUUUGUCAUUUGGAUUAAUAGGGAUAAGUUUGAGCAGAUCUGUAUGUCACUUGAGUAACAAAUGUUGAAUCAAGGCACGUACCUCUCAGGUUGCCUUCUGCAACUUGUGCUUUGCAGAUGUUUGGGACUAAAAUCAUCCUCGAUUGAUGGGGCAGUUGUAACCCAAAACAUCUGGAGAUGUCACAUUGAAGAAGGCUGCCUCAGUGGAAUCAUUGGUGUAGUACAUUUAGAAAAUUUAGAAUGUAUGCUCUGCUUUACAUAUUAGUGUUAUGUUAGAUUUUCACUCAAAAAAAUAGUGAGGGUUCAAAUAUUAAUUAUUUUUUUAGAUGAACUGUUCACUGCCUUUCUGUACUUGUUCCUUUGCCCCUAGUCUGUGGCUUGUGCAUGCUAUUUUUCUUGGAGUGAUUCCCAGCAAACAGGCAACAGUUUGUAUUAUGCUAUUGCAUUAUGAUGUGGCUGGUUAGAGCAAGUGAGAGGCAAGUAAUUUCCCAUCCCUCCUCAUGACCUGCCUUUUAAUGAGGAUUUGUCUAUUUGUUUUAAAAGUGAUUUCAUUGAAAGAGUGAGGGAAAAUACACUCCUGUAGAAGCAGUGCUGGCAGAAAUGUUUGACUGGAAGCAGAGCUUGGAAAACUUGCUAUCUUGACUUGGCAUAGCCAAGAGAUUGCUGGUUGAGAAAUUUGGGGAGUUAGUAAUCCAAAAAUGUAACUUCCACACUCUUAUUGGAAGCACUGUCCAUUUGACAAGCCUGAGUUUUGUGAGUAUUGUCAUGGCACUGUCUGUAGAUGAUCCUUUCCUUCCCCCAAAGUGAAUUAGCAUUGGUUUGUGUAUGGAUUGGGAGUUAUGAUGAAUGACUUGUCAACCCUGGAAGAGUUCAGGAUUACAGUUUGUCUUCCAGUGGCAAAGGUGUUCAUCAAAUCUCCUUCCUUGAAAUUCUCUUCCAUUAUAAAUUUUGGUGAUAAAUUUUGCUGAAAGCAUGUAUUUGUCAGUGCCCUUUUGAAAAUAUGUGGGCAGGCGAGAGGUCUUAGUACCAGUGGAAACCAACUUUGAUCAGUUACCAACCAUUCAUUGAAAGCUCCUUAUUUCCUUGUAUCCUAGCAUUCAGAUUAAACCAAAUCCCUUCUUUCCUUUGCUGUGCUGCUAAGAGCUCUAAAUAAGAUGACUACCUCCAUACUUUUCCUUGACAAAGGGCCUAAGGAAGCAAGCCAUAUGAAGUCUGAAUGCAUGUCAGAGAUGCAUGUCAACUUUGCAUCACAGCACCUGAAGCAAAGCCAGUACAUACCAGGGGUGUGUGGUGUUUCUUAUGCAGCCAGAUGCCUUACACUAAGUGUGUGAUAGAGUCUUGGUGCAUUCUGGUUUUGCAUGGUUUAUUCCUCUCUGGAUGCCAGUUGCAUUCAGCAUUCACAGCCCAGCAACACUGUUCAAAUAAGGAAGGGGUGGUUAGGAAUCAUGGAGAGCACUAAAGGGCCAAUGGCAAGCCUGCCAAGGGCUAGGUUCACCUGUUGAAACUACCAGCCCUCCUAUAGAAGUUUGCUGCUUUUUGAUUUUGUGUCGAUCAGUCUUCCCCACCCUGGUGCCUCCAGAUAUUUUGGGCUUCAGCUGCAACCUUCUCUCACCAUUUGGCUAUGUUAGCUGAAGGUGUUGGGAGUUUCAGUCCAAAAUAUACCAUUUAGAAAAUAAGCUUUUUGAACAAAUUGUAAUUGAUUUCUUUGUGUAGAUUAAAUUUGUUGUACAUAAGGAAAUUCCUUGUGGUUUUGGAGCUUAAUCAAUUGUUACAUAAUAUUGUGUUUAUUGAUUGUAACUGUUUUGGAACUUGGAUUGCAGAAUAAUUAGUACUCCGUGUUCCUUAGUUUGCCAUUCGUUUUAGUUCACACCAGCUUUAGCUCCAAGCUAGAUUUUAAUACAAGUUGAGCAUGCAUUAACAAUGAAUUGCAGCUUAAUUUUAGUCUUAAUUCAGCACAUAUUUUCAGAAGCGUGUGUCUGAUUUUCUCAGUGCUUCCUGCUCUGCAAGGCAUCUUUAAAAUCCCUCCAAAUGUAUGGGGCUGAGUCUUAAUAUUUGUCGAAGUUGUAUAUAAUUAUUGCACUGUAUUUAUAAUGGAAACCAUCUUUGACACUGUUCUGCUGCAUUGUUAUUGUGCGGUGUUUUUGAAAUUGAAUAUUUAAAAAGCAUUCUAGGGCUUUUCUGUGAUGUUUGGCUUGGCCCUUGUGAAUGGACCUGUUUGUAUGGGGAUGGGAGGUUGAUUUUGUUUUAAACUCAAGGCACUUGAUAAUGUGUUUGUGUGAACAACGAAAGGAAAUAAAUUGUUUGAAAUAAA